AAUGCUUGUAAUUGUGACCUUGCUGCUAAAAAAUCUACCUAAGAACAUAAAAUAAAUACUGCAAAUCUUGUUAUUGUCUUUAGAUUUCAUAUAAGUGACUUGGAUCGGAUCGCUUCUUAUUGCUCUUCAAAACAACGCGAAGGUGUUCCGGAAGUUGUUUUGAUGUUUGUAACUAUGAUUUAAUAUAUGUACUAAACAUAUAUGUGUGCAAUAUCUGUGCGAGUGCGAACAAAAUUAAAUAUUCUCAAUAUAUAUCACAUUAGGAUAUACAUGUAUAAUUUGGUAUUGACAUAAAUAAAAGAAAGCUGGUAAAAUCUUAAGCACCCGGCAAUAUUCAACGUCGAAAGUGGACACAUUAUUUAAAUGAAAAAACAAAAAAAAACUCAUUCAUUACAUCCGGUAUAUUAUUAAUAGACAAUAUUAAAAAUUUAUUAUAAAUGUGAUGAGAGGAUCGAAAAAAGGGAGAAGAUCGUAAAAAAAGUUGUGUGCUUGAUGCUCUAUUAUAUCAUUUAUAUCGAUUAAAGUAUCAGGAUAUAAUGAAAAGAAAAUAUUAAUAAUUAUAACAUUAAAUGAGUAACAAAAGUUCUAACUAAAAGAUAUCAUAACAGAUCUUUUUGUCUCUACCCCCAAUAGGAGAUUAUAAGUUUAAAGAUAUAAGAUGAACAACAAAACUAUUGAGAAAUUGGGGCACUGAUUCACUUUCCACUCGCAAAAGAACACAGUAACCAGCAGCUUGUAAUCUGCACAACGUACAAAAACAGUGUUCGAUUUUAAAAUGGAAUCACCACUUAUCGUGCAAGCAGAAUAUCCUUUCAAAGGUGGUAACAACGAUGAGUUAUGUUUCAAAAAGGGAGAUCUCAUUACAGUUACUCAAAGAGAAGAAGGAGGAUGGUGGGAAGGUACACUUAACGAUAAGACUGGCUGGUUUCCUAGCAAUUACGUUAUAGAAUACAAAGUGCCUUUAACCAAAACAGAUACAAUGAGACCUCCAGAAGAAAUACAAGAAUAUCGCUCUGUAGUACUUAAGGAUUUGCUUGAUUCAGAAAGAGCGCAUGUCGCUGAAAUUGAGGGUCUGUUAGAGAAUUUUUUACAGCCUUUAUUGGAAACAGAAAUAUUGACGCAGGAUGAAUAUGUUCAACUUAUGUGCAACUUUGUCGAUGUUGUCAAUACACAUAAUGAAUUACUUUCUCAGAUGGAGGAAUGCAAUGAUCGUAUUGGAAAACUAUUUUUAACGAAAGCACCUUUAAUGAAACAUGUGCAUCAAGCGUAUUGUGCUGCUCAUCCAAAAGCGAUUGUGGUAUUAGAUAAACAUAAAGAUGAGCUAGAGAAGUAUAUGGAACGUCAAGGCGCUGCUACUCCUGGACUUCUGGUAUUAACAACAGGACUUUCAAAGCCUUUUCGACGGCUCGACAAAUACUCGGCUAUGUUGCAGGAGCUAGAACGUCAUAUGGAAAGUAGUCAUCCAGAUCGGGGUGAUACGCAGCGAAGUGUAGCCGUCUAUAAGGAUAUUGCUGCCACAUGUUCAGCUACACGUCGACAAAAAGAAUUGGAACUACAAGUACUGACUGGUCCUGUCAGAGGCUGGCAAGGUCAAGAACUCAGUUCUUUAGGUGACAUAAUUCAUAUGGGCAGUGUUGCUGUUGGGUUUGAUCACCGUGAUCGCUAUUUUGUAUUAUUCCCACAAACACUCUUAAUUUUAAGUGUCAGCCAAAGAAUGAGUGCUUUUAUAUACGAGGGAAAGUUGCCUUUAACGGGUAUUGUUGUUAAUCGUCUUGAGGAUAGCGAUACUUUUAAAAAUGCUUUUGAAAUAAGCGGAAAUUUUAUUGAAAAAAUUGUUGCUGUUUGUCAAGGUCCGAACGAAGCAAACAAGUGGGUGGAACUGUUAACAUCAGCUAACCCCACUAUACCAAUAGGCAUUAAAAGGCAGCUGAGCAAUUUAAGUAACUCAUCAGUCAGUGGAGCUGCGCCGCAACCACCACCACAUAUAUCUCAUUUCUUGGAUACGCGAGGCUAUUGUACGCGUUUCUCACUUUGCGCAUACUAUACAACGCCUUUAUCCAAUUCAUUCCGCGUAACAUUACCGCCCAGUAAUUAUCCACCUGCUGCGCCCUAUGCUAACUUGAGUGCACAUUUUGCAAAGCUUGUUAAAGACGGCAAACUGUACGAUGGUAUUGUUAAAAUGCUUUUGUAUCCACAAAUACGUCAGAGUAUUGAUUUGAAGAGCAUUUUAAUGAGAAAAAAGAGGAGCCACAAAACCACUUUGACGCUUGCGAAAGAAAAGUGUAAAAAUGCGAAAGCCUAUAAAGCAGACGAUUCAAAUAUUUCAAAUAAAUCUGAACUAGAACGGCAGGAUGCUUUUGAAUUACCAACAGACUCUGAAAGUGACAGUGAAGAUAUUUCUUUCGGUUCUAAAGAAUGUGGUGAUUGUAUUUCGAAUCCAUUUGAAUAUGUAAAAUUUUAUACAAAUAAGCGAAAUUCGCUCUAUGACUCUUCUCAAACGUUUAUUGACUAUGGAUCUGCAGCAAAUACUUUGCAACAUGGAAGACACUGCUCGUCAAUAAAUCUCAUAAAUUUUGAUUCAUCUGGUGAACGUCAGUCAUAUAAACCAAGUUCAGAAGACGCUGAUAAAAAAUCUAUUAUUAUAGCAUCAAAUGCUGUUCGUAUAUUAUCUCGCAAGUCAUCCGGACAAAAUUCCAUUAUCCAUACUUCCACUGCUCAUUUUAAUUUAAAAUCUAAUGCUGCACUCAACUUCGGUAAGAAAAAUUUUGAAGGAGUGUGUGCACGCGCUGGUGACUUUCAGUAUCAAAACUCAGAUCUUUCGCAACCUUCUUCUGACUAUAACGAACGUCUUGGAGGUGCGUACUUUGCUUGUGAAAAUUUAACUGAACUUUCUGAUGAAACUCGAAUUCAUAUUGGCUGUGAUAAAAUACCGGAAGUUCGAGAAGAUCGACAUAGCAUGCCAAACAUUUUUGUUAAAAACAGUUUUCAAGGCGAUUUUCCAUUGUAUAGAAGCCAAGAUCAAAUAAAUAAGAGAUAUACUGCAACGAGUGAUGAAAUACAUUCCAGUUCUAUAGAUAUUCCAGCAGCUUGUCGUUAUGCACCAGAUAACUUACAAACAGAACUUUUGUAUAAUAGUGGUGGAGCUCCAAAUGAAGAAAAAAAUUUAAAUCUUUUUGCUGCGCCGUUCACAUCCAACAAAUCAAUUAAGAAUAGCACUACAAAUAAUAUGCCAUAUGAGAUAUGCUUUGAUGAUGCAUCUCUGGAAAGAAUGUAUGGCGAACAGAAAAUAUCGAACUCAUUGCGAAAUUCUUCAACAGUCGAAUUAUGUAUUGACCCUAAAGAUACUCUUCAUAGUUCUACUUUGAAUGCUCGGCCAAACUCAUUAAGGCGCUGUAUAAGCUACCAAUUUGUUGACAUAAGUAAUAAUGAAGAUAAUGAAAGCAAAGAAGGUGUCAAUAUGAAGACACCAUCAAAUAAUAACAAGGAAGCUGAAACGUUUCGAAAAUUAAAUGAAAAACAUUCUUGUGUAUGUAAAUGUUGUGAAAGUUCACAGUGUCCAAGUCCACGUUCCAGUGAUUCUGGUAUGGCUGGAAGCUGUACAAUCACCUCCCCAGAUCCACCAAAUACAAUUAAACCAUACAAUGACUACGAUUUUACGGAUGACGUUUCUUAUAUGUUACCAUCGUUUUCAAAUUGUAUGGACUCAAAGCAUUUUGAAGUUUGUGGAACGUUUCGUAAAAAAUUCUUUCCUUUAAGAACGCAAAGCCUUGUUGACCCUGAAGUGCAACCGUUUAUUGGGACGGAUACACAAAGGGCAAAUGCAUAUCCUACAAAUCCUAAUAUUAGUCCAUUUCACUUGAAUUUGAAAAAACUGCCAAUAAACACAAUUGAACCAAAAAUUUCAAGUUUAGAAUGCCCCACAACAUCUGCCGAUGAUAUUUCUAAUAUGUUUUCACUGCCACUGACAAGCAGAUCAGAGGACAAUAUAAUAACAACUCAAACAUUUCGAUCAGACUUAUAUGCACAUUGGUGGAAAAAUGAAAAAUUACCAAUGGAAGUGGAACGGGGUAUCGUAUAUACUCAUCCAAGACAUGUGACGAUGCAAAAUUCGCAGGGUAGCAAAGAUGAGAAGUGUUCAGCCUGCACCAACUCCUUAUAUUCAAUAGAGGCAAGGGGAUACAGUGAAGGAAAUACUUAUUGUUCUAUUUGCCAAGAUUGCGCAUCGCUAUCAAGUAUUGCAUAUCCGACUACGAAUACCACCAAUACAACAACAACAACGUUGUCAUCCAAUAAUUCACUUUGUGAGCAUAAUCACAGCAAUGAUAACAUAAUGAAUCCAGCAAGAAAAUUGGUGACAAAUCGUUCAAAUGAGUGUCCAAUAUGUUUGAGAGUUUUAGCACAAGUAGAGUCCUUGGAUUCUGGAGAUAUCGCUGUUGUUGACAGCAAAGUCUUCAAUGUCAAUACCGUUGCAGUUGGAGAAGAUAUCGCCUCCAACGAACAUAACUCUUCUAAAUCAACGGACAAAUCAAUCGACACCACUGACAACAACGACCUCAGUUGCAAUGUCACAUCAGUCACAACACAAACGGAGUCUAUCGUUCAAUCACCACUUAAGCUACAAUCAAUACACGCACACUCAGCUUCCACAACUUCUUCAUCAUCAGCAACAACAACCAAAUCCACCAAAUCAUCCAGUGCCUCUAAACCGCAAAUCAAAUUUAGUCCAGACAUCGAACAAUUUUUCGAAAACUCAAAACCCAAGCACGGUGGUAACAACAGCAGCUCCAACAAUAACAACAGCAAACGCAAGGACAGGAAACACAAAAGCUAAUUGGAGUAUUACAACUUUACGUCCAGCUCCACCAUUGCGUCCAAGUAUAUAUAAUUCAAAUGCAAGUAAUAAUGUAUCUGGU